GACCUGCACCGCCGCCUGGACCAGGCCCGCUACACGCCGCCGCUCGAAGGGGCUGCCUUCCACUAUGGCUUCAACUCGGACUACCUGCAGAAGGUGGUCGCCUACUGGAGGAACCAGUUUGACUGGCGCAAGCAAGUGGAGAUCCUGAACAAAUACCCUCAUUUCCAAACCACCAUCGAAGGGAUCGAUAUCCAUUUUAUCCACGUGAAGCCUCCCCACGUCCCUCCCGGCCAGACUGUUUAUCCCCUGUUGAUGGUGCACGGCUGGCCCGGCUCCUUCUAUGAGUUCUACAAGAUCAUCCCUCUGCUCACGGAGCCGGCCCAGCACGGCCUAGGUGAGGACGACGUCGUGUUUGAGGUCAUCUGCCCGUCCAUCCCGGGCUAUGGCUUCUCAGAGGCACCUCACCAGAAAGGCUUUAACACCAUAGCAGCUGCUCGGAUAUUUCACAAGCUGAUGAAAAGGCUGGGCUUCAAGGAGUACUACCUACAGGGAGGAGACGCAGGGGCUCCGAUUACUACAAACAUGGCCCAGAUGCUGCCACAGUCUGUGAAAGGGCUUCAUCUGAAUUUUGUCUUCAACAUUGCACAUG